AUGUCUAUUCUUCUAAUCGACUCGUACGACUCAUUCACGUACAAUCUGCGCCACCUUGUAGAAAAUGCGACAGGCGCACAUGUGCUCACAAUUCAUAACGAUUCAUACGAUCUCCCGCGUGAGAAGGAGAGUCUCAACAAACUAGUUGGAUCAGUCGACGCUAUUGUGAUCGGUCCGGGGCCUGGAAAUCCCGAUUCUGCGCAAGACGUAGGCAUCAUUCCAUAUCUCUUUGAGACCUUUCCCAAGACGCCGAUUCUUGGAAUUUGCCUCGGUUUUCAAUGUUUAUGUCUGGCGCAUGGUUGCACAUUAGGGUAUCUAGAGCACCCUGUCCAUGGUCAGAUCAGCAGAAUAACGCCAAUCGACAAGAAUUCCUUAUUCAGGGACUUUGAUACCGAUUUCGAUAGCGUGCGAUAUCAUUCAAUCUAUAUCUCCACGGUAACUGACGACAUUAUCCCGCUCGCCUAUUCGGAGGAUCAAUGUCUGAUGGCAGCCAAACACGCUCAGAAUCUACAUUUUGGAGUCCAGUAUCACCCGGAAUCUGUCUGCUCGGAGAUGGGAAGCAAACUGGUAUCGAAUUUUUGGGCCUUGGUCGAGAAACGAGAGACCGUUCCUAUUAGAGACUCGCACCUAUUGCAGACAGAACCACUAAUUAAGCAUUUCAAAACUACUUUGGAGUACGACUACAAGUACGAGAAACUACCCAAAGUUGACAUCUUAUCCGCCUGCGAGCGAUUUCCUGACCCACUUCUGCUGAACAGUGCACUGUCGCCGGGGGAAUGGUCCAUAAUAGGGCUGCCCGAGCCAGGAAGGAGUCUCGUGGUUGGUAACUCCCGCGAAGCAGGACUGACAGUUGGAACUUGGAAAGGAGAGACAAAGGCCCAUUCAGACUCUCUGUGGUCUUAUAUUUGCAACCAUAUGUCUCAGCGGUACUACGAGCCUACAAUCGGCGACCCAGAGCUGGCGAAAUGCCCGUUUGUCGGAGGCUUCAUUGGGUUCUUGUCGUACGAGGAAUCGAUACCGUUGACAGUGAAUAAAAUCACUUCAGGACCAACUCCAAGUACGCGACUCUGUUUUGUGGAACGCUUCAUUGUCAGCAACGACAAGCACACAUUUGUGGUGUCUAUUCGUCCACGAGACAAAGAAUGGAUACAGCAAACAAAGAGCCAGUUGCAAACUUGUUCAGAGCCCAGAUUUUUAUCAUCGGUGAAAGCCAAAGUGGAAAAGCCAGACAAAAAAAGCUACGAGAAAAGCUUUUACGACUGCCAGAAGUACCUUCACGCUGGCGACUCGUACGAGUUAUGUCUGACCCGCCAGACAAAGGUACACGUCCCCAAGACCGUUGCUCCUUGGGAAUUAUACAAAUGCAUGGUAAAGAACAACCCCUCGCCAUAUUCAUGCUAUCUCGACUUUGGCGAUGCAAGGCUUCUGUCGACCUCUCCCGAGCGGUUUCUCAGCUGGAAUAACCAGCUAUCUCAGAUGAGGCCAAUAAAGGGGACUGUGAAAAAGCACCCGCAGCUGACUUACGCCAGAGCUUGCGAGCUGCUGAAGAUACCCAAGGAGAUUGGAGAAAACCUCAUGAUUGUGGACCUAAUCCGCCACGACCUGUACCAGAUGCUGAAAGAGGUCGAAGUGACGAAGCUCAUGUCCGUGGAGGAGUACCAAACUGUGUAUCAGCUGGUUUCAGUUAUUGAGGGCCGGUUGCAGGACAGCAUUUACACGGGAAUAGAUUUACUCAGACACUCUCUUCCGCCGGGAUCGAUGACGGGUGCGCCAAAAAAACGGAGCGUGGAGAUUCUUUGUGACCUGGAGGACAGAAUCCCUAGGGGACUAUAUUCUGGAGUAUGCGGGUACUGGUCUGUCAAUAACCAUGCCGACUGGAGCGUGGUCAUCCGUUCGCUGUUCAACUACGAAGACGAUCUUUGCUCGACGGGGACGACCAGAUGUUUCAGAUGCGGUGCUGGCGGAGCAAUAACGGUGCUAAGCACGUGCGAGGGCGAAUGGGAUGAGCUGAACCUGAAAUUAGAUAGUGUCUUAGGAAUAUUUAACUAA